CGCAUUCCCCCGCGGCGGAUUAUGGCGGCGCGGGCGGGUUCUCACCUACCACCGAGCGAGAACGAGCCGCGAACAGGUGCGGAUCUUCUUUCUAUGCGCAGGAACUACAUGAUGCGGACAAGCCCUUCGGAACCUACACUUCUGGCACGAUUAACGUGACAGUGGCGCCGCCGCCGCUGGAAGCUGCUGUAGCAAAUAACUUGAGCGCGGGCGAGGACGCAUGGAAUAGACACGAGGGGCUCACCAAUAUCGUAUCGAAGCCGGUGCUCCAGGCGGAUGUUGUUGAUGAUCAAAAACAAAAUACUAGCCGGAAAGACCAAGUUCUGCUCACUAGUCGCGGGACGACCACGACCACCGCAAGAGCGAACCACCAGAGCGUGUCCACCUCCGUUCCUAACGGCGACGCGGCGGCCUGCGAGGAGCGUCACGGCGACGAGAGAACGCCACCGGCAGAUGCUCGGGAGUCGAUCGAGGAGUCGGACCUGAGUUUGCCACUGCAGCCGGCACGACACGCCGGGAGCGCCGUGUCGCCGCAGCCGGGCCGAAGCGCGAGCUGGGUGUCCAACUACACAGAGGCGGAGGACUAUUACAGGCACGGCAUGUGGUACGGGGAUGAGCCGCCCUCGACUCAGCGGGUGGUGACUCGCAGCCCGCGCGGGAUGGCGGAGUUCGUAUGGCGCAGGAGUUUUAAAGUUUGCGUCCAGAUGACAAGUUCGCGAUGUAAUGAUGACAGUGAGAUGAACAAAUACUGGUCUUUGUUCGAUAAGUAUGCGGUGCUGUGGUAUCACUCGUUGUCUCACUGGCUGAGGAGCAUGGGGCCAACGCCCAACUGUUAUCUCAAGGCUGUUUUUUGCAUUGGAGCCGCUCGUUGUCCUGACAUCGGUCCACUGCCGCAGCGUGGUCGUGGGGUGGUCGCACCUUGUCGCAAAAGAACUUCUUGUCAAAGAGUCAUUUUUCCUACUCUAUUCUGAUCUCCCACCCGGUCCUCCGACGACGACCCUGACGGUGGAGCUUAUGGGACGGCGUACAGCCCUCGCCAGCCACACGGCUAUGACGAUUUUUACAGCUAUCCUCCUUCAACCGCUCGUUUCGAAGAGGACAACACAUACUACGGCAACACAAGAAACCAUGCGUCUGCUUCUAGCCACGCCUUUCAUGCUGAUUGUGGUGCGCACAUCAGCCGAGACUCCCGCACGAGCGCGAUGGGGUCCGUUAGCUGGAGCCGCGAGAGUCGUAACGUGAUGCCGCGGGUCGCGAUCAAGGUUCGCGGGGGCGCUAAUUGUGGACUCACCUGCGACCACUUCAAUUUCUUCGAGAUGGAGGAGGAGGGCGACCUGUUUGGCGACUUCAAAGACGAAAAAAUCUGGAAGCGGCGCCGGCAGGAAACCGCGCAGAUGAUGGCUCCUGCCGGGGGUCGUGCUUUGCGGGUCGCGGGCGAAGAACUCAGGCAGGAGUGGUCUACUGCGGGAAGUCGGAGCGCGGGUCGCCAAGGGCGAAGUGGAAGUAGAGCAAGUAGUGGACAGCACAGUAGGGAAAGAACAAGUAGACCACGUGCAAGUACAGAUAAGGCGGCACAGGAACAAACUGGCGGCCGAAUUGACGGUUGCAGCGGGGUGGCAUUGAGCGGAAAGGACCACACUUGGGGCGCUGGACCGAGCAGCAGGGAACAGAACGGGCGGAAAGCGAAAGGUACAGAAGAUGAGAUCGCUGGUGAUGAAAAUCUGGUUCCCAGUGCGACUGAAAAUUAUACGAGCGUGCGAAAAGUAGAAGCUGCAGACAGCACGGGGAGAGCAGGCACGCGUAGCCCGCACGUCGCCAGCGACGGCGCGCGGGCUGAGGGGCGAACCAGAGACCGAAAAGUUGCACCACCGAAGGAUGAGUCCUCGUCUGCCAGCUCAAGCCAGCGGUCCAAGAGAACCACAACACCCACUGAUGCCGACGGCAUCGAGGCCACGCGAACCCUUCCCAUUUCGGCGGAGACCUCGGACGCGGGACUCUUGGAUGUGCAAGCGGUCACCGGGGCCGACCAUCACCGGCCUGCGGAACAAACCGCAACACAGCCCCGGGGCGCGCGGCCCGUAUUACAGUGAAAAAUGCCCCUCCCCAUACUGAAAAGGUAUGUCUCUAAAAAUUUGUGAUGCCGAUUUGUGACCACAAAUCUUGUCUCUCUUGCAAGAGGGCAAACUCAGAGACUCCGCCACGAUAUGCAGGCGAUUUGUAAUGCUGCAAGGCCUAUAGGGCAGACGUCUGCCAUGCUAGGCCCCUACACCAAGAGCCCUUACUAGGCUUACGAUCUGCGUGCAGUCCUUCACUGCAAGACAAAUGUGAUUUGUGUACUCAAAUACGGCAACACAAGUCGCGUUUUCGAUAUGGGGAGGGGGGAUUUUUCCUUUUAAUAGCCCGGCGGUUUUCUCCUGAAGGACUACGACCCGGCCCGGGGGGACGAGGAGCCGCUGGAAAUUUUCGUGGAGCAGCAGUCGCCCAAGCCGGUGGAGUUGCCGGUGCAGCCCCGCCCGAAGGGCAUUCUGAAAAACUGCGACGAGGCCGAAGUCCGGCGGCACGUCGAGCCGGAUCGGUUUUUCCACGACCAGAAUUCGUCCAGUGGAAGCCAAAUCACGAGUAACGAAUGGAGCAUGAAGAACCUUCUCGCCGGGGUAUGAAAAUGAAAACUGUCAGGGGUAGUGGAGUCGGAGAAUAGUAUUUGUUAAAUUGAAGCGAUCAUGAAGGUGCUACAUGGUCAUUUGCAUGGAUAGCUGCUUGGUGACUUAAUCGGGUGAUAAUUUUGUCAGCGCCAGACUUUACUUUCUUACAUUUGAUGAUUUUUUGGCUCACGUGGUCUCGGUACAGUUUUCCGUUUGAAACGCUGAAGUGACAGGAGAGAAGAACGACGCGAGUAGCGAAAAAGAAAACACUCGGACAACCGGGGGUAGCCAGGCAAAUAAUCGCUCUUCGUCGGGAAUAAAGACAAGUAGUCCGCGCGAGCAAGUACCGCGGGGGGCGAACAGGAACGGGAAUCAGGAUGAAGUUGCAAACGGAACAUCACAAAUACAAGAUUCAGUGUUGAAACCAAACUCGGCAAGAACCGGCCCUGGUAAAAAUAGAACUAGCGACGGCCACCAAACCGCUGCUGGUGAAACUGCGUCCCGCAGGGCGUCGCCCGCUGGUUCGUCGCGAACUUCAAGCGAGGCCGAUUCUGUCGUAGCCGCGAAAAAUCGGCUGCGCACCGGUGCGCGCAUAUUGCGUGCGAGGAGUAGCAGCGCAAGAAAUAGAAAAAAAAACUCCUCCAUCAAAACAGC